UCUUCCGGAAGAUGCUAGCGGGCAUCGUUGCACACUGAAGCAGCAGCAUCAGUACCACGAGGCGCGUUGUAGUCGUCGUUGUUGUUACCUUUGUGGUCUCACUUCGCAUCGUCCUUUCGUUCGCUCAUCCCCCCUCAUUGUCAGCCCCCGAGGAGCAGAAGAAGACGAACUCGUGGCUCUGCAAUGUCGCUCGUUCGUCAGAAUUUCAGCGAGGAGUGCGAGGCGGCCGUCAACCGACAAAUCAACCAGGAGCUGUACGCGUCGUACGUGUAUCUGUCAAUGGCCUUCUACUUUGACCGCGAUGACGUGGCGCUGAAGCACCUGUCCAAGUUCUUCCGCGAGCAGUCCCUGGAGGAGCGUGGCCACGCCGAGAAGCUCAUGGGCUACCAGAACAGACGCGGAGGACGCAUCUUCCUGCAGGACGUGCAGAAGCCGGAGCGGGACGAGUGGGGUAACGCUCUGGAGGCGUUGACGCUGGCGCUGCAGCUGGAGAAGAACGUGAACCAGGCCCUGCUGGAGCUGCACGCCCUCGCCACCGAGCACAACGACCCUCAGCUGUGCGACUUCCUGGACUCCCACUACCUGGAGGAGCAGGUGGAGUCCAUCAAGAACAUCGCCGACCACAUCACGAGCCUCAAGAAGAUGGGCGUGCCUCAGUCGGGCAUGGGAGAGUUCCUCUUUGACAAGUUGACCCUGGGCAGCGAAUAAAUGGGUUGUCAGAGGGGAUUAGAGGUAGGCAGCACGGGCAGUAUCCUCCGCCCCCCCUUCCUCCCGCUAGCCUCGCUUGGUCAGCAGCUUUUCAAAGGCGCGCCGUUACCGCACGCGUAGAAUUGUAGCGUACUUGAAUCCCACCGAGCGUGCGGGUAGUUUCCAUUAGACGGCAAUUGACGCACAGAGCCGUCGACUAGCGAUCGCUUUGUUCCGUGUAAGAAUAGACCGUGCAAGAAUAGACCGUGCGUGUAAGAAUAGACUGUGUACGAUUUAUCCCAAUUGCGCAUUCAUAUUGCUUUUAUACUAAUGGAGCGCAGGAAACAAUAUACACAAACGAGGCAGAGGCGACGGGAAACGACACGAUCGGCGAUGAAAACGAACCGAGACAGAAUAGCUUCUUGAAUGAAGUCGUGACUGUUCGUGGCAUCGCCGCGUUGGCGAACCAGCAGCAAGCCUCGUCGAUUUCCAGCUAUUCCCUGCGGUCCUCUUAUUUCAUAUGGCGUUCGAAAAAAGCAACAGGCUACACUUGUUAUUUUCAUAUUGUCAGGCUGUCGCACGAGUAGAUGAGUGGAGCCCGAUUUGUUCCACCAGAAUUUCGAUUUAAAGCUUUCGUGACUGCAGGGAUUCAUCUUCUUGGUUCUUUCGGUAAAGUCACGUAGAAGGGAAGUAAUAAAAUAAUAAACUAAUAAAACAUAAUAAAAUAAUUCUCACGACGUUUCGGCCACAACGCAAGCGGCCGUCCUCAGGUGAAGACCAGGUCUGUCGGGGAGACAGCGUCAGACGUAAUAAAAUAAUAAAAAUAAAACAUAAUAAAAUAAUUCUCGCGACGUUUCGGCCACAACGCAAGCAGCCGUCCUCGCUUGCGUUGUGGCCGAAACGCUGCCAGGCUUGGUGGUGCUCAUUCAGACGCUGUCUUUCCGACAGCCCUGUUCUUCACCUGAGGACGGCUGCUUGCGUUGUGGCCGAAACGUCGUGAGAAUUGUAUUUUAUUAUGUUUUAUUAUUAUUUUAUUAUUUCCCUUCUACGUGACUUUACCGAAAGAACCAAGAAGAUGAAUCCCUGCAGUCACGAAAGCUUUAAAUCGAGAUUGCACACGCGUAAAAAAAAAAUGUGCCUGAAAUGUGCGUCCGAAAAUUGUGGAAACUGCCCAAUUACGAUUGUGCGAAUCGAUUCAAUUGGGGGCACAAAUGGUGUUUAUUUCAAAGGGAUACCUGCCUCUAGAUAAUUUGCUCAAAGUGUUUGACGACCACGAACUAACAACAACACCUCUGCGAUGUCUUAUAAGGAGCCCUCUUGGCGCCAGGCACUUAGGACACACAUGUACUCGUGGCCAGGGACUUGCUCCUUCAGCUGUCACGGGCAGUAGGCGCGCUGUCGUUUCUCUGCGGCACGAAUCGGUCUUGAGCCGCGUCAGGACGCACCGAUGUGUUAGCGGAACCUUUUUACGCGGGCGGGCACUGACGAUCCCACGCGCGCCGCAGCCAACAACCGCCACCGCUAAUCGUAGCGACUUGUAUUUUCAUAGAGCGGCAAUUCCCGCUGCGUUGUAGCACGUUGCAAUAAAUCCCUUAGAAACGUGG